GUAGGCGGGGCAGAGGCUAGAGAGGGUCAAGGGUGGCGGAGGGGGCGUGGCCGCGACUGCAGCGCCCCCUGCUCCUUUCUCAAUGGGAAGGAAGUAAAGCAAUAACAGCGGAGGAGGAGGAGGAGGCGGAGGCAGUAGAAGCAGCAGCAGCAGCGGCUGGCUCAGGAGGUGAACUGAUGAUGAGCACUGUCCAGUGCUAAAACUAACUGAAGAGGGAACUAUUUAGCAAAUAUGCUGUUUUGUGGCUUUUUGUUUCUACAUAAUUCAGCUUUCCACUUUAACUCUCGGGUAGAAAUUUGCCAAAGCAUCUCAGGGAAGCGGUAACCUGCAAAGUUCUUCUUUACGAAUGUAACAACUCGAAACAAUGGACAGAUGAUAUCAAUAAACUGCACUUGGCAGCUGACUUUCUCAGAGUAACAAGCAACUGCCUAAGCAGUGCCAGACUGCAAGGAUUUUUAUUACCCUAGCCACUGGGAAUUAUGUUCAGUGUCUCAGUUCUCAGAGUGACUGCCGUUUCUACGUAGAUCUCUUUAGGAUUUGUAAUCAUGUCUGUUACUGCAACAGAAGGCGACAUUCCCAGAUUUUUUGUGGGUGGUGAAGAUUCAGAUGAGUUUUUGAAUCCAUCCAGGUCUGCAGAAUUUGAAGCCUUUUAUGAUCAUGAAGAUGAAGACGAGUAUGAUUCUCCGCCAGAAAGACAGAUCAUGGUUGGAAUAUGUUCUAUGGCAAAGAAAUCAAAAUCAAAACCAAUGAAUGAAAUCCUUGAACGCCUUUCCAUGUUUAAAUAUAUCACAGUAGUAAUAUUUGAAGAAGAUGUGAUUUUGAAUGAACCUGUGGAAAACUGGCCUUUAUGUGACUGUCUCAUUUCUUUUCAUUCUAAAGGAUUUCCAUUAGACAAAGCAGUUGCCUAUUCAAAGCUGAGGAAUCCUUUUGUUAUUAAUGACUUGAAUAUGCAAUAUCACAUACAAGACAGGAGAGAGGUUUAUGGCAUUCUCGAAGCUGAAGGUAUUUUACUUCCUCGUUACGCAGUUCUAAUCCGUGAUCCAAACAAUCCACAAGAAUGCAAUUUGAUUGAAGGUGAAGAUCAUGUGGAGGUGAACGGAGAAGUUUUCCAAAAACCAUUUGUGGAGAAGCCCGUCAGUGCUGAGGACCACAAUGUUUAUAUUUACUAUCCAACAUCUGCUGGUGGUGGAAGUCAGAGGCUAUUUCGGAAAAUUGGUAGCAGAAGCAGUGUUUAUUCCCCUGAAAGCAGUGUGCGGAAAACUGGUUCAUAUAUCUAUGAGGAGUUCAUGCCUACAGAUGGCACUGAUGUGAAGGUAUACACAGUAGGACCAGAUUAUGCACAUGCAGAAGCUCGUAAAUCCCCUGCGCUGGAUGGAAAAGUAGAGCGGGACAGUGAAGGGAAAGAAGUACGAUAUCCAGUCAUCCUUAAUGCAAGGGAGAAGCUUAUAGCUUGGAAAGUAUGCCUAGCUUUUAAGCAAACAGUUUGUGGCUUUGAUCUGUUGCGUGCAAAUGGACAAUCUUAUGUCUGUGAUGUCAAUGGCUUUAGUUUCGUGAAGAAUUCUAUGAAAUAUUAUGAUGAUUGUGCUAAAAUCCUUGGAAAUAUCGUAAUGCGAGAACUUGCUCCACAGUUUCAGAUCCCAUGGUCCAUACCUUUAGAAGCAGAGGAUAUUCCUAUUGUGCCAACUACAUCUGGAACAAUGAUGGAACUUAGAUGUGUUAUUGCUGUUAUACGGCAUGGAGAUCGGACACCAAAACAAAAAAUGAAAAUGGAAGUUAAACACCAGAAGUUUUUUGAUCUUUUUGAAAAAUGCAAUGGAUACAAGUCUGGGAAGCUAAAAUUAAAAAAGCCAAAGCAAUUACAGGAAGUACUUGACAUUGCAAGACACCUCUUAAUAGAGCUAGGACAAAAUAAUGACUCUGAGAUUGAAGAAAACAAAUCUAAACUUGAACAGCUGAAAACUGUGUUGGAGAUGUAUGGACAUUUUUCUGGCAUAAACCGCAAAGUUCAGCUGACGUAUCUUCCUCAUGGUUGUCCCAAAACAUCUAGUGAAGAAGAAGAUAGCCACAAACGUGAGCCAUCUCUACUCUUAGUUCUAAAAUGGGGAGGAGAAUUAACACCUGCAGGCAGAGUUCAGGCAGAGGAACUAGGAAGAGCUUUCCGAUGCAUGUACCCAGGUGGACAAGGUGACUAUGCUGGAUUUCCAGGAUGUGGUUUACUUAGACUGCAUAGUACCUAUCGGCAUGAUCUCAAAAUUUAUGCUUCGGAUGAAGGCAGAGUUCAAAUGACUGCGGCAGCUUUUGCAAAGGGACUCCUGGCAUUGGAGGGAGAGCUUACUCCUAUACUUGUCCAGAUGGUCAAAAGUGCUAAUAUGAAUGGGCUACUCGACAGUGACAGUGACUCUCUUAGCAGCUGCCAACAUCGUGCAAAGGCACGCCUUAAUGAAAUACUCCAGAGAGACAGAGACUUUACUGAUGAAGACUAUGAAAAGCUCACACCAUCUGGCAGUGUUUCUCUGAUAAAAUCAAUGCAAGUCAUUAAAAACCCUGUUAAGACAUGUGAUACAGUAUAUUCCUUGAUCCAGAGUUUGACAUCUCAGAUCAGAAGACGGAUGGAAGAUCCUAAGUCUGCAGAUAUUCAGCUUUACCACAGUGAAACGCUGGAGCUAAUGUUGCGUAGGUGGUCCAAGCUUGAAAAGGACUUUAAAACAAAGAAUGGAAGAUAUGACAUCAGUAAAAUUCCAGAUAUCUAUGACUGUAUUAAGUAUGAUGUCCAGCAUAAUGUCUCUUUAAAACUAGAAAACACAAUGGAACUAUAUACACUGUCAAAGGCGUUAGCUGACAUUGUUAUACCACAGGAAUAUGGUAUUACUGCAGCUGAGAAAAUAGAAAUUGCUAAAGGGUACUGCAAUCCACUACUGAGGAAAAUCCGGUCCGAUCUUCAAAGAACUCAGGAUGAUGAUACAGUUAACAAGCUCCACCCUUUGUAUUCCAGUGGGGUUAUGUCACCUGAACGUCAUGUCCGAACUAGGCUAUACUUUACCAGUGAGAGCCAUGUCCAUUCCUUACUAUCAACUCUUCGCUUUGGUUCUUUAUGUGAUCCAUCAAAAGACGAACAGUGGAAACGAGCUAUGGAUUAUCUAAAUGCUGUCAGUGAACUCAAUUACAUGACUCAGAUUGUGAUCAUGCUGUAUGAGGAUCCAAAUAAGGAGCUUUCAUCAGAGGAGCGUUUCCAUGUGGAAUUGCACUUCAGUCCAGGAGCUAAAGGCUGUGAAGAAGAUAAAAACUUACCGUCAGGCUUUGGAUACAGACCUGCUUCACGAGAGAAUGAUGGCUCAAGGAAAAACUCCCACAAAAAUGAAAGUGAUGAGGAAUUACAUGCUUCUAAAAGGGAUGAAACAGAUCGAUCUGUAAUGAUCUUCAAGCCAUUGGUGUCAGAUCCAAUUCAUAUACACAGAAAGUCACCUCUUCCAAGACCCAGGAAAAUUGGUUCGGCAGAAGAAGAGAGCCCCCUGAGUAUGUCUAGCCCAGAGUGUAUUGGUACCUGGCUGCAUUACACCAGUGGUGUGGGUACUGGGCGUCGAAGACGCAGAUCAGGGGAACAAAUCACUUCUUCCCCUGUCUCCCCUAAAUCAUUGGCUUUCACAUCCAGUAUUUUUGGCUCAUGGCAACAGGCGCAGUUUAGGAGUGUUCAUUUGGUCCCAACAGAAACCAACAGUUUUUUUCGACCACCAAGAACUAUUGUGGAGCAAAAGGCAAGCGGUAUAGGGUCUCACUGUGCGAGCCUGUUUAGCACUUCGGUGCUCGGGGGUUCUUCAAGUGCACCUAACCUACAGGAUUAUGCUCGUAUUCAUCGUAAAAAGCUGACUUCUUCUGGCUGCAUAGAUGACACCACACGUGGUUCUGCUGUUAAAAGGUUUUCUAUCUCAUUUGCUCGACACCCAACCAAUGAACAUCCAGACCUCUUUAGGUGCUGGUCGGUUUCUUCUGAGGAAUUUCUAGGCGCCAGUGGCUUUGAAUUGUAUUCCAUGGUGCCUUCAAUCUGCCCUCUAGAAACCCUCCAUAACUCCUUGUCAUUAAAGCAGGUGGAUGACUUUCUUGCUUCCAUUGCUGCCACUCCUUUGUACGACAGAUUUCAAGCCGCAUCCACAUUUUCUCUGCCUUCGCCAUCAUUUCUGGAUGCAAGAAAAAACUCUUUAAAUACAUUCACCCCUGCAAAAAUCCAACCACCGCCAGAAGACGAACAUUUAAGUCGGAGAGAAUGCUCCUCAACUAUGUCAAGUACCAGUGUUUUUCCGCCUCCUGUUUGAUACAUCAUAAAAUGCCAAAAAAAGAGUUAAAACAAUACUUGUUUAGCACUGGUGGUUAAACUCUCAGAAGAAAUGAAGCAGUUCAAGCAAAACUGGAAGAAGCUGCCAAUACCAUCUUUAGCAGUGUAUAUUUCUUUGUAGACAAAUAAGUUAGCUUUAAAAGGCUAUUCAUUUCUCUCUGUGUAAGUAUGUGUUUCCCUGUAUAUAAAAUAAUUACUGAAGUGCAUAUAUAGUAUAUAUUCAGGAAAGGUGAUUUCUUUGUUUCUAAAGUAUGAAAAGCAAGUUCUAAAGUAUGAAAAGUUUACACCAUUGUUUUAAGGAAAUUGUUAUCUUUUAACAGAGAAACUGCACACAACUUUUACCAUCUUUGUUGUCCUAAAUUCACGCACAAACCAAAACAGCCUAACAUACUGGUUUGCAUUAUAAAGGAGCAGCUAGUAGGGAGAUAGAAGAGGGGUAGGAAAAGCCAUCGUUUCCUUUUUGCCCUACAGUAGACCUUAAGGCCGGGACAUGAAAACUUAUCACCAAAGCACAUUAACAGGACUCUGCUUAAUAGAUGCCUCUAUGAAUGUCAAUCUGUGACAGCAUCUCAGUGGUUGGUUCUUUCCCCUCUGGUAGAAAUGCAUAAUGGAGCUGGAUGAUAAAUGAAAAGUGCUUAAGCCCUCAUGCUUUGAAGGUACACACACCAUUACC